UUUCAUUGUGCAAUAAAAUGUAGCGCCGCUGUUAAAAGUACGAGUGAAAUUUCGUUAUGACCGAUAACGGCUACUACCUACCUAUAUUAUUAUAGAAACAGUGUUUUGCGGCACAUCGCGUUUUUUCGCGUUCAGCGCACGUCAUGAUAAUAUUAAUAUUACUAUUGAGAUUGCUCGCGGAAUAAAAUAUUUUUGUUAUUUACCACCGACCUAACCUAGAAAAAAAAAAAAAAAGGCAAAAGCUUCGGGUGGGCGAAAUACGCGCCUUAUCUUCCCGUGUAGAACACUGUCGCCUCGCUCCGCCGCCCCGUCGUGCAGGCCACAAAAAUCGUUUUCGGUCGUAUCUACGCGCACGCUAUCAGACGUCGUUAUUGUCGUCGUCAUCGUCAUUGUCGUAGCAAUAAACAAAACUAUUUAGUUUUUUUUAUUUACAUUCGUCCGCGUCUAAUGUGAAUGCGCACGUAGGUAUUGAUUUUGUUUCGCUUCUGCUCCGCGUUCCACGCUGCAGUUGUUCUCGCGCUGAAAACGGGAAACAAAUAUGAGUCUUUCAGAAUCAGGAUGGUAAGUACCUAUACUAGAAGUAUAAAAUAAUAAUAAUAUACAGGAAAUAAAUUGGUCUAUAGUUAACUAACAGUAGCAAUUAGUAUUCGCGAGGUUUAGGCGUCAACGAUUUUAUGGAUCCUUUUCUGAAAAACAAUCGCCGUGCUUUUUUUUACGAUUUUAUCUCUACGGACACAAGGGGGACGACAGGGCGUUCGCCUCCCUCUUUGGUACGUGUUUUUUUCACGUAAUUCUCAUAUUAUAUUACUUGCAAAAAGGUAAGAUAGGAAAAAAUUGCUUUUAAUAAAAUCCACCCACCCCUUGGAUAGCCCCUGGAUCCCCACUGCGUUUCUAUACGAUCCUGCAUGUAUCACCAUAACCCAAGGGUUUUUAAUAACCACCUGGCAAGAUUUUCGUUCUUCAUAUUAAUUGUCCGGCCUUCUGCAUGCGUAAUUUUUGGGGUUCCAUCAACAUUUUCUAAACUUCGAUGACGAUACACGGUGCACUUCAUUUUUCGGAUGGAUUUUCUUUUUUAGUUUCAGCGUAUUUGGGAGUGGUAUCCAAAAUAUUAUGCAACAUUCGUUUCGUUCAUUCAAUAUAUGAACCAUUUAAAAGUUUAUUUCCGCCAGCUUUUAGGGUUUCUAUUACAAUAUGUAUACUGUAUAGUGUGCAGUGAGGAUAUAGAAACCCAAGUAGAAACCGUAUUGGAAAACCCUUAUACGUUCGUAUUGAACGUAUGUCUAUAUCCAAUAAAUUCAUUGUCACGGUAACUACAAUAAUAAUUACUAUAUUAUUACAUGCACUUAUUAAUAGGUAAUGAGUAUUUGUUUACAUAAUUCCUUGCUACGGACAAUGUGUUAAUUAUCUAGGUAAUUAUUUUUAGAUGCAAUUUAGAAUAUCAUAGGUAUUUCAUAUUUGUUUGUAUACCAAUUGAUGUUGGUGUUAAAUAUUGUACUCUUAUAAUGUUGCUAAUACUUCUGAUAGGCGUGCCACUGUUUUAGGAGGGAAGUUAGGACAAAAACCCUAUAUAUUACGAUGACGACAAGUCUACUAUACAUAUAUUAAUGUACUAAUAUCCGAGUUCAUAUCGGACUUCCAUCUGAAGGCAAAUCUCCCCUCUCCAUCGAUCGUCCCCUCUUCUUUAUGUUAGUCCGUCACGGUUUCAUAAGGUAUAUUUGAAAUUAACCAAUUAUUAAUUUUAAUUAAAAGGUUUUACAAAGGUGUUAAUUUUUAAUUUUUUUUUUUGUUCUGUGGACAAAUUUUCCACUAGAGGUCUUGCUCCGAUUUUUAUGUGUAGCACUUUUUCUGAAAGGAAAUCGGUGGGGAAGGUACUUUAAGAGAGUUCAUUUUUCGAUUUUAUCAAGAGUUUUCUCAUCAUAUGUGAAAAACCGAAACACAACGGAGGAAAUUGGAAAAGUGUACGACAUAUAUCAGUAAAAUAUUACGAUAUAUUUUUCUGUGGACAAUUUUUCUACCAGAAAUUUCGCUCCAACUUAUAACGACAGCAAUUUUUAUAAAAGGAAAUCUCACUAGAGAGGUACUUUAAAGAUGUAAUUUUUCGAUUUUCUCAGGAGUUUUCUCAAAAAAUAUGAAAAACCGGAAAAGACGGAAAAACGUAAAAAAAAAAAAACACAGGAUCCACAUUACUUUUGGAAUUUGAAUAAUAUGAAUUUGAUCAUAAUAUGAUAUAUAUAUAUAUAUAUUGUUGACAAAGCAGCACUAUCAAUUGAACUCUGCUCAGAAUCGUUAUUUCGUUAGCAAUGGUUUAUCGUUGCUUACAGGUGUGCAUUAAAUUACUUAUAACAGUGGCUGCACUUGAUCCCAUUAUUCUAGGGCGUUUUUUUUUUUUUAUUCAUAUCCCCCAAUGUUAUUUAGAGCUAAUUUCGUUUUGUCAAAUGCCAUUUCAUUUACUUCACAUAUAUAUGUAUGUACAAUAGUAUAUAUAUAUAUAUAUAUGUAUAUAAUAUGUCUAAUGAAAUUUAGUCAAUAAUUUAGUAUCUACCCGCAGGGGCGGAUUGGUCUUUUGGGAAAUGCAUUUGUACAGGCCAUGUUGGAUCCAUAUUUCCCGUGCCUAAAAAAAAAUAUAUUAUACAUAUUUAUAAAUAAAAAUUACAUUUCUUCGAUCUAUUUUUCAUUUUUUUUUCUGUUUUUUUGUUUUUUCUUAAACUCUAUGCAUAUACGAGUAUAUAGGUAUAGUAUAUAUAUUACUAUAUUACUUUUCAUUUAAGACGUAUACCAAUUAAUUGUAUGUGUACCUAUUACAUUUUAUUUUUGUAAUUACCAGCACACUGAUUGCAAUUUUAUUAUACUGUGUAUGACGUGUACUUACAUAUACUGUAACAUAGACAGUAGUAUUAAAUUUUGAUAAGUGAUUUUAUUAUAAUAAUAAUGGUUCUGACGAAAACUAGAUUCAAGCAGUGUUAUACUUAUAACUAUGUCCUAUAAACACAUAUAAACAUCUAACGAUCUAACUAUCUCAUUUUUUUUCAACUAAAAUAAUGUUCCUCACAAUAAUUUAAUAACGAGUAAUUUGUAAAUAAUAUAAUAGAUAAUACAAAUUAUUAAUUACCCACAAUGUUUAGAUUCUUUUAUUGCGUUAGGGUAAAUAGUUUUCGGAACAUUAAUAUCAUCCGUCUAUAAAAACAUUAUUUCAUGAGAGAUGUACCGAAAUUGAGGUGAAAAACUAUUGAUAUUAAUUACUAAAUAGCUUGCUUUUAACAAGGAUUAUUUAUUACAUGUGGACACGUGUAAUUAAAAAUGCUUGAUCUACCUACAUCUCGUUCACGUUCACGAAUACGUGGAUAUCCAAAAUAGAUAUCCGUGUAACCGUGACACGUGUUCUAUUGAUACCUCUACUUAUAACCAUAAUAUUAACUACACAAUUCUUUAAAACGAAUGAAUAUAAUCACUAUCUGAAUUUAUUUUACUUGAUUGAAAACAUAGCUAAAAAGACAAAAUAUUUAUUUAAUACCUAUGUUAGGCAAUUUAAAUGUAUGCAUUUAUACCUAAUUAAAAAUUAUAUUUGUUAUGAUAGACAUACUUAUUUCAGUGAUCAUAUUACUAGAUACGAUUAAGUAUUAAAUUAGGAGUAUAUUAUAUUUAAUUUUAAUAAUAGAAAAUGUUGAGUAUGUCUAUCUAAUAACAUUGAUGUUUUCAAAUAGAGUAGAACGUUUAAAAUUUCAAAUGAUUUAGUUUACGGUUGUUCGUCGCUCGUCACUGGUGUUACGUAAGUACAUACUAUUAUAAAAUAAUUACCAUCAAACUUGUAAUGUCAGAGUGUGCCAAGUGCCUAGAAAAUUUAGACCACUCGGACGACGUAUUCAUAUGCAGUAAAAAUAUACAUUUCUAUUGCAAUCGAAUUUCUGAAUCGGGAUUUAAACAAUUGUUAAACAACACAAAAGUUUGUUUAGUCUGUCACAAUUGUCAAUCUAUGAUUUAUACUAAUAAGAACAUGUGAAUUCCUCCAGACAAUCUAUAAAAUAAAAUAGAAGACCUCAUCAAAUCGAUUAUUUUCAUGGGUGAUUAGUUUGAUGGAUUUAAAGAAAAAAUUAAAACAAUGUUUAAGGAAAUAAAUUUAAUCAGAAUGGAAAAUAAUCUUAUUAAAUUGGAAAAUCAAAACCUUAUAAAAGAAAUUACAGAAAUGAAACGAAAAAUUAAUCACCUUAAAGAACAGAACCUGGGAAUUAAUAUUGAAAUAAUUGGUACACAGAAAACAAAAAAUGAAAAUUGUUUAAAUAUAGUUACUGAUAUAGGGAAAAACUAAACAUUGAUUUAACAGUAACUGAAGCCAAAAGAAUACCAAAAUCAAAUACCAUAAUAAUAAUUGCUAAGCUUGAAAACAAAAAAAUAUUCGUAGAGACUUAAGAUUUUCAACAACUUUAAGCCAUUUUUGAGAUAAUUAAUGAUAUUUUAAUUUUGCGUGUUUUGUACGUAAUUUUUAUUCAGUAAGUACUUAUUGUGGAUAAAAUUGUUAGACUAGACAGAAAUGCUUGACAAUUUAACAGGAGGUUCCUUAAGCAUCGUACUUUAUGAUAAAAAAAAACAAAUUUUGCUUUAUGUAGUAUUAAUUUUUAUAAGAGAAUUUUAAUAUCAAAUUUUGAUGAAAAUCGUUCGAGUAAAAAAAUAUAUGGAACAAAUCCAGCUGGUCCAUGCAAACUUUUCAAUGAUUUUGUUUCGAUUAUAUGUUUAUCAAUUGCCGAUUUCAGAACGAUGGUGAAGUCAACAUUGAGCGAGAACUGCUAUCUACACCGAAAACAUUGUCACAUCGUGACCAAAAUAUACACAAUCCCUUUCGAGGUUUUUUGUUUUUGACGUCUGAAACCGAAAUUUCAUUCUUAUUAUUGUUGAAACAAAAUGUUGAAAAAAAAAAAAAAAAGAAAAAGAUUUAAUGUUCUGUAUCGGUUACUGGUUAGACAAUAGAAUGUAUAUAUAUAUGUGUAUUAUAUACAGGCUGUGCCAUGGAGAUAUACCCCUUGAAUAUCUCCGUGGAUAAUAAAGAAAAUCAAAUUUUGUUUUUUUUUUUACAUUACUCACAGGGAUAAGGACUAGACAUAUACAAAUUUAAACUAAUUUUUUUUAAAUUAAAUUUUAUUAUUUUUGUAAAAUUUUAGGAUAGCCAUUCUGUAGAGUUUAUUUUUCUGAAAAUUUUAGUGUAUCACACAUUUAUAUCCGAUUAAUAGUUUCUAAUUAACAGCCGUUUUAAAUUCUACUAAUCCGUGUGAAAACCGAUGUCAUCGCGUAACACGGUUAGGUUAUUCCCUAGAUAACAUCGGUUUUCACACGAAUUAUUAGAAUUUACUAAAAAAAAAAAAAAAAAAAUUAGUUCAAAUAUAAAUAUUUGUAGUCCUCAUUCCUGUGAAUAAUAUAAAAACAGAAUUUGAUUUUCUUUACUAUCUCCGGAGAUAUAUUAAAGGGAUAAAUCUUCGUGGGACAGCCUGUAUGUAUAUCGGUGUUUUAUAGGCUAAACACAUUUGGUGUAAAGGAUAAACUAGUUUACCCAGAAAUCUGCCGGUUUCGGUCUGUACCAUAUACAUAACUAUACCUUUGACAUAAGAGCACACCAUCAAUGUCCGACCCACAUUUAUCUCCGAGACGUAGGUAACAUACAACGCGAUUAACGUUCGUGUAGAUCAGUGGUUCUCAACCUUUUUGGAUUCGUGUCACCCUCAUCCACGAUAACCCAACAUCAAAAUAAUAGUUAUAUAUGUAGAAAAACUGACUAAGUCCCGUUUCAGAUAACGUAGCGUUGUCGCACGUCGAACGGAUGUAUUUAUCGGAUCUAUAGUGUUAACUAUAAAUAGAAAUAAAUAAUACAAAGAUAAGAACUUUGCGGUAUCUGUGCCGUUUAUUGUAAACAAUUAUUGCGUUAUUUUACUGUGGUAGCAAUCACAUGAUUACCAUUACAAUAAUACGAUUUUAAAAAAAAUUCUAUAUUUUUAAACUUUUCCCCAAGGAUUUCAUGUCACCCCUACAUUGAAUCCAUGUCACCCAAGGGUGACAUGUCACCCCGGUUGAGAACCACUGGUGUAGAUAAAGCAUACGACACAGGUUUCUCGAGCGGGCUGAUUGUGUUUCGAUAUCAUAGCUUUUUGAAGUUCUAAUACUAUGCGGAUAUUAUAUGUGUUAUUUUAAAUAACUUAAUAUUGUCGAUUUCAUAUCACAUUUUUUUUGCAAAACUACAUCGGGUAGUAUUUUUUAAUUUUUUUUUAUAAAUUUUAAAAUCAAAUUUUGACAAAAAUCGUAAAUAUUACGGUCUUUCAAAACGUAGUACCGAACUUCGCUUCGAAUUGUUUUUCGUUAGCAAUGGUUUAUCAUUGGUUAAAGGUAUAAAUUAAAUAACUUUAUGUAUCCCACCUUCCCCACUACCCACCUACAACAGUGGCCACACCCGUUCCCAGUAUCAGCUCUAUUUUUUUUAUUCCUGUUGUUUUUUAUUUUUAUGUUCUCUAAUAUGAGUAGUAAUCUGAGUACCUUUACUAUUAGGUCUGUAAUUAACUCACUAUAAGAAAAAACGAACAAAUUGUAAGAUAAGCCCUUAUGGGGUAUCACACGGACAUGCUCAGUGGGGCCCAUUAUUCUUUGAAAUAAACGCUAAUAAUAAAUAAUAAUUUACAGGAAUACAUACGAUGCUCCCGGAUUGAACAGAUGGCAAAACAAUUCAAAUGGCUCAACUGUGGCCAAAAUGCAGCACAAAUAUUGGGUUACUAAACAGCAAGUAUGUAAAAAAUUAGGCAAGAAAGACGACGAGUUUAUUGUAGCGUCGGAUGCAGAGCUUGACGCUAAGCUCGAAUUGUUCAAAUCUAUUAGAGGUAGUUGUCAACAUUUGCAAAGAAUCGUAAAUAAAUAUGACGAAAAAAUUUACAGUGAGUAUUCUAUGGUAUUUAUAUUUUAUUUAGACAUAAAUUAUGUAAAUUAAUUUAAGUGUUAUAUUCUUAAUAAAAUAAAGUUAAUGUGUAUCUACCGGUCAGUCGAUGUUUCCAGCUUUCCUUUCAAUUAUGUUAAUACAAAAAUUAUGAAAAUUUUCGAUAAACGAAAUUUGUACUUAAACUCUUUAUCAGAUAAUAUUUCAUAAACAUUGAGCCUAUCUUUAUAAACUUGAGGUUUUUUACAUCCAAUAUUAUUGACAUCAUUAAUAAACUGAAUAAUAUUAUGUACAUUAUUCAUUGUUCAGGAAAAAUAAAUAAAUAAAAAGAAGUUUACCGAAUUUAAAUAUAAUUCAACAACGGAAAAAGUUUGAAUAAUAAUUGAUAAUAAUUAAUAAUCUAUGACAUUUUUUCCGCUAAAUACGUUAGCAGGCACCAAAACCUACUACUAAAUAUGUGCCCGCUAACUUGUAGUUAGAGUUAACAUUUAGCAUAGUGAAACAUUGUAAUAAAGAAAUUUUAAAAUCUAGCCGCUAAAUGUGCUCGCUAAGCUAGUGGAAGGUUUAGUGGUCAAUUGUAAUAAUGGUCCUUAAAAACUUAAACUAUGUCUUCAUCAUAAAUAUAAUACGAGUAAAUAUACAGACAAAGGUAUAUGAAAAUAUUUCAAAAAAAAGUGUAUUAAAUAAUUUGCUAACAAGUGACCGAGUCAUUAUAAAAAUGAGAACUGUGAGUAAAAUAGUUUUUUUUUGUUUAUUUUAAUUUUAAAGAUUUGGCCUACGAAGAAAACCAAAUGGGUUUGUUUUUAAGAAAAUCUGGAAACAGUGAUCAAACUAAAGCUGGCGAAAUGAUGCAAAUACUAGGAAGUUGCAUGGCACAAUCGGGACAGGAACGCCUUGGUUUACGUAUUCCUUUGGCCAGAUUACACCAGGUGAAUAGAUUCCUUAAAAUAUAAAAUAAAAAUGUUUAAAUUAAAUAGAUACUAUAUGAGUAUGAAGUAUUUACUAUAGAAUAUCAAGGUUAGCGUUAUUAAAAGUAAUAAUUUAAAAUUGGGUGUUGAUUAUGCAAUCAAAUAUGAUUCUUCUUAUAAAACUUCGCAUGUUAUUUUUCAUUAUCAAACAACUUACGAAUUCAUUUUUAGGAUAAACAAAUUAAUUUUGGAUGUCUGUGCCGUAAUAUUUUAACCAUCCUCCUCCUCAAUUUACAAAAAAAUCCUUAAAGAAAUGUAGACAAUCUAAACGAAUUCCAAUUUUGAUAGUUGGUUGUAUAGCAAUAUAGCAAUAAUGAAUAGUAAGUAGUUUGAAAUAACUUAAUGCAUGUAAACAACUUUUAUAUAUAACAAUAGUGCAAUCCAAUGAUAUAGACAAAUACCUCUCUCUCUCUAUAUAUAUAAAAUAGAUUUAUUCAAAAGAGUCUACAUCGUCCACAUUAAUGAAAUCCAUUUAUAUUCCUAUUAUGUCCCGAGAUCCAAAUACUAUUACAAAAUAUGAGAAAAAAAUUAUCAAAAACAAAAAAACUUACUAAACAGAAUAUUAAAUAAAAGCAUUAUUCGGUGUUAAUCAUUUUUAUCCAUGUUGUGUGUUGCCGAUAGGAAAUAGAAACGUUUUGCCUGAGAGCUGUGGAAGAUACUCGCGGUGAUGUAAAACGUAUGGAAAAUGCCCGGACGGAUUACAGGGCUGCGUUGAAUUGGAUGAAGGACGUUUCCCAAGAACUAGAUCCAGACACUAAUUCGCAGCUAGACAAAUUCAAAAACGUGCAGACCAAAGUGAAAAAGUCCAAACAACAAUUCGAUCACCAUAAAUUGGUUUGCUUGCAAAAAGUCGACCUCCUCGCCGCCGCACGCUGCAAUAUGUUUUCACACGUUCUUAUUUUCUAUCAACAAAGUUUGCAGCGAUUCGCCGAAACCGUAGCAAUUUCAUUCGAAAACGCUACUAAGGAUUUUAAACGUGAGUAUAACGAAUAACGUCAAAUUUAAAUCGUGUACACAUAAAUUAUGACAUUACGCUACACUUUUUUUUUAUUAUUUAGUAUAAUUUAAUAUUUAUGAUGAAGCCUAUUUAAAAUUAUUGAGUAUUUUUGUGAAGAAAAACAAUUUUCCACUGCCUAAAUGGAUAACGUACCUUUAGUAGUCAGAACUCAGAGGUGUGCUCAGCUUUAGAAUAUGGAAAGGGAUGUGAGGGAAUCUGAAUAUCCUAUAACUAGUUUUUUUUUUUUUUUUUAAACCACCCGAAAGCUUUUAUUGUAACGAUCAAAAUAAACCUUUAACAAUACAUUAUCAAAGGUGUACAUAAAUAUUUAUUAUUGUAUUAUUUGUAUUUAUAUACAAAAAAAAAUAAACGUGUGGAAUCUCACUCCCAGUGGAGUGGCCCCGAUCUUAGUCCAAGAGUUUUAUACUAAGUUAUAUGGUCUUCGACGUUUAAGACGCCUAAUGUCUAGAGAGUUGUCUAGUAGUUGAAUUGCUGCUGGAUUGGUGUGUUGAUCCAGUCUUUUCUCAUGUUUGCGGGCAAACUUAGUAAUCUCGUCAAUACAAUACUUGGUAUUUAUUCCUUGAAAUAGCACUUCUAUUAUUACAAACAAUAAUAUGCCAUAAUAAAGUACCUAGAAUAAUAAGAAAAUAAGAAAUAGUUUUGUAUUAAAUAUUGUCUCUAAAUAUAAAUUUAAAAAAAGAGCUGAUACUGGGGAUGAGAACAGCCUCUGUUUUUGGAUGAGAAGUUGGGAAGGUUAUUUCAUUUAUAUCUUUAAGAAACGAUAAACGAUUGCUUGACGAAAGACGAUUUCGAGCGAAGUUCGGUACUAAAUGUUUUGAAAUACCGUAAUAUUUAGGAUUUUUGUCAAAAUUUGAUUUUAAAACUUAUAAAAAAAAAAAUGAAAAAAAUACUACCUAACAUAAAAUAUUUGUUAAAAAAAAAAAAAAAAUAUCUGGAAUAUAGAUUUUCGAUAUUUGUAUAUUACUAUAACUCAUAAGAACAACUUAUGGUGAACCUUGCAUCAAAUUACUGAUCAUUUAUCAAGUAUUCAACAAAUUACAUUCAUAAAAAUAAAAUAUUUAUACAUACCUAAAAUAUUUAUUUAUUUUGUACAAUAAUGUUUAAACGCGUGUUUUUUACGUGUGCAUUUAGAGUACCAACAAUACGAUUUCAAAAUGAUCAAAGAAUUACGAACGGAUUCGGUUAAGUCCACGUCAAACCCGAAUGACACCAGCAAUAACGAUUCUAGGUAUAAUACUCGUAAUUAACUAUUUUAUUUUCGUAUGACUCAUAUUUAUAAAACUUUUUAACAUAAAACAAAAUUCAUAUCUGAUAUUUGUAAUUAGUUCAUACACGGAGUUGGGCAUUGAAGCCACUUGUGACCAGGACGAAGAAACUAAUGAAUCUGCUUUGUUAUCGUUAUUCGAUGGGAGUGAUGGUUUCGGGAAUUUUCUGUCCAAUCCUUAUGACAGUAAUAAAGAAGAAAACAAUCUUGAUCUUAAACAAUACAACACGGGAGAUGAAUUUCUACCGUCCCAACUGUUAUCGGAUUUACUAUCUGCAGGAUCAGCAGAAUCAACUAUUAAAGUGAGUCGAGGUUUUAAACUAUUUAACUAAAAGAAAACCUGGUAUAUACGCACUAUAAAUUUAUACGACCCAAAGAAAGGGAUCCGGAGCCAAGCGCUCCUUUUUGGUUGUGCUACUGGCGUAUACACCUCAUAAGUGUACACAAAUUAAUUUUUUUUAUGCAAUAUUAUGUUGUCAAUAGGUGUCUAGCAUAUUAUAAUAAACAUUUUGUACGUUGAUCAAAAAAAAAAAAAAAAUUAACGAGUAGCAGAGCUCUGUCAUUAGAGUCAAUUUCUCCCUAGUGGUGGAUUUAGGAGUUAUUCAAGGGGGGGGGGGAGCGAAUUAUCAUUUUAUUAAAGUGAGAUUUUUUUUUCAUGUUGUACUUAAUUAUAUACAUAACGUGUUACAAUUUAUUUAAAUAAUGAGGUAGGUGGUACAUUUUUCUUAAAUUUAGUCUUACCUGUUUAGAUUUAGUUCAAUUCAAUUUUGACAAAACAACUUAGACAUAUUAAUAUGAAUAUUUUUAUUUAAAUUCAAAAUUAUAAUUAGUUAAAUUAAAAUGAAGAACUCAUGCAUUUAAAAAAUUAAAUCUAUAGUUCUUUUUUUUUCUUUAGCAAAUCUAUUUUGGUAAUUAAUUCUCUAUCCAUAUGGAUAUUUAGAAGCGCCAAAUCAGUAAAUCUUUCUUAGCCCAUUUCUAUCCGUAAUCAGAUUUGCAAUCUAUAAGUAUUGAAGCUUAAAGCAACAAACUAAUAAUUGCAAAACAAUUUCUAGUAUAGAUCAAACUAUAAUAGUACCUACCUACUAAUAAACACUUGUAUAUAAAUAUAUUAUAAAACAAUAGCUACUCAUUUAUUUAAAUAUAAUAAACGUGCAUAAUUAUUUUUUAAAUAAUUUAAUAACAUUAUUUUUCUUCAAACUACAACCUCUUGGAAAUGUUAAUAUAACAAUUUAACCGGCGUAAAGUAGAAAAGCUUCUUUCAGCAGAUACAUCGCUUACAGGCAAAGUACAAAGCAUAAUAAGCAGACAUCUUACAAUUGGGUAAAUAUCAGCAGUUUAUUUAUCUAAAACUGUACAAAUGUUAUCAGAUUUAUUAACUUAAAUGAAAAAAAAUUACUGAUUAUUUGUAAAUUGCACAAUCAUUCCUAUAAUUUAGUGGUUACAAUUUUAAAUACUAAUUGAUGAAAAAUUACUUUAAGAUGUUAAACGUUUUUAUCUUUCUAACCAUAAUUAUUCCACCUCUGAAAUUAAUAUUGAUUUUUAAAUAUUUGGGAAAAAUAUAAAUUCAUUGAUAACUUCAUUUAUCUGAGUAACUAAAUCUUUAAUAUUAUCUAAGCUGAAGUAUUUCCUGAUAACAAUUUCAUUAAUACUUGUACUUUAUGAUUAUCAUGGUUAAGAAAUAUUAUAAUAUUCAUAAUUACCAAUCAAACCAGUUAGUUUUGAAUUAAAUAAACGUGCUCUUCCCCUUCCCGCAAUUACAUAGUAAAAUGUUUAAUGUAAUAUUUACUUAAAAAUGUAUCACUUCAAUUUGCCAAUUAAAUAGGUAGUUCCAAUUCCCAAAUUUGAGUUAAUUUGGUCCAGAGGAAAGUCACUUAAAAUCAUGUUUAAUAAUUAUGUGAAUACCGAUCCGUAAUCAAUGUUUUAUAUGUAUGUAUAAAUAGUAUAUACGUUUACAGAAAUCAGCCGGUUCUUCAAAUUGGUCAGACUUUUUCGCUGACCUCGACCCGCUGAACGAUCCCGGAUCAACUAUUUCGAAGAGGCAACCAUUGGAUUUACUUUGAAAACCGUACUUUGUCUACAAUCAAAAUAUUGCUAUUUUUAUUGCGUGUGUUCUAUGAUUUAUAAUUUAUGUACCUUGAACCGGUAAUGGUUCCGUGUAGUUAAUAAUACGAAGCUAUUAUACUUUUUAUACUCGCUUCGAAAUAUUAUAAAUUUAUUUUUACUUACAGUGUAUCUUUAUGGUUCGAGUUGUGUUUAUGAAUAAGUAAAAAAAUAAAUAUACGAGUAAAUAAAUAUAU